UUAAAAGGCGCAGCAGGUGGGAGCCGCGGCCUUCACCCGAAGCCGAAUGAGCGCGCGACAGCCGGCGGCGCCCGAGCCCGACCUGCCUGCCCAGCCGGAGCGAAGGGCGCCGCCCCGCGCAGAGCCCGCGCCAGGGCCGCGGAGCAGGCGACAUCCUCACUGACCGAGCAAAGACUGACAUUCGUGUCAUCACUGUGCACCAUUGGCACUCCAGUGGGGUAGGAGAAGGAGCUCUGACACCCUCGCAGAGGGACCUUGCCCUCAUUCUUCGAGUCUGAAACGCCGGCAGUCGUUGGAAACAGGACUCAGGGAUAAACCGGCACAAUGGACUGGGGGGCCCUGCACACUUUGAUUGGGGGCGUCAACAAACACUCCACCAGCAUCGGGAAGGUGUGGGUCACGGUCAUCUUCAUCUUUCGCGUCAUGAUCCUUGUGGUGGCUGCUCACGAAGUGUGGGGCGACGAGCAGGAGGACUUUGUCUGCAACACACUGCAACCGGGAUGCAAAAACGUGUGCUACGACCACUUUUUUCCGGUGUCCCACAUCCGGCUGUGGGCCCUCCAGCUGAUCUUCGUCUCCACCCCAGCGCUGCUGGUGGCCAUGCACGUGGCCUACUACAGGCACGAAACCACCCGCAAGUUCAGGCGAGGAGACAAGAGGAAUGAAUUCAAAGACAUAGAGGACAUUAAAAAGCAGAAGGUUCGGAUAGAGGGGUCGCUGUGGUGGACGUACACCAGCAGCAUCUUUUUCCGAAUCAUCUUCGAAGCGGCCUUUAUGUAUGUGUUUUACUUCCUUUACAAUGGGUACCACCUGCCCUGGGUGUUGAAAUGUGGGAUUGAUCCCUGCCCCAACCUUGUUGACUGCUUUAUUUCUAGGCCAACGGAGAAGACUGUGUUUACCAUUUUUAUGAUUUCUGCAUCUGUGAUUUGCAUGCUGCUUAACGUGGCAGAGUUGUGCUACCUGCUGCUGAAAGUGUGUUUUAGGAGAUCAAAGAGAGCACAGACACAGAGAAAUCACCCCAACCAUGCCCUAAAGGAGAGUAAGCAGAAUGAAAUGAAUGAGCUGAUUUCAGAUAGUGGUCAAAAUGCAAUCACAGGUUUCCCAAGCUAAACAUUUCAAGGUGAAAUGUAGCUGCGUCAUAAGGAGACUUUUGUCUUCUCCAGAAGGCAAUACCAACCUGAAAGUUCCUUCUCUAGCCUGAAGAGUUUGUCUUUAUAGAUGACUUUCAUAAUAAAUAGACACUUGAGUUAACUUUUUGUAGGAUACUUGUACCAUUCAUACACAACGUGAUCAAAUAUGUGGUCCAUCUCUGAAAACAAGAGACUGCUUGACAGAGGAGCAUUGCAGUCACUUCAACAGGUUCCUUUUAAGUGGACUCUCUGACAAAGUGGGUACUUCCUGAAAAUUUAUGUAACUGUUGUUGGUAAAGAACAUUUAUCUAGAAAUCGAUACUUUUAUUAGGAAAAGAUAUUUUUAUAGGCUUGGAUGCUUUUAGUUCUGACUUUGAAUUUAUAUAAAGUAUUUUUAUAAUGACUGGUCUUCCUUACCUGGAAAAAUAUGAGAUGUUAGUUUUAGAAUUACACCACAAGUAUCUAAAUUUGGAACUUACAAAGGGUCUAUCUUGUAAAUAUUGUUUUGCAUUGUCUGUUGGCAAAUUUGUGAACUGUCAUGAUAUGCUUAAGGUGGAAAGUUCAUUGCACAAUUUAUUUUUACUGCUUUCUGAAGGUAGAUGGAACAAUAUGGAAGCAGAAGGCUUUUUUAACUCACCUAUUUGCCAAUCAUUGUGAACAACUGAAAGUGAAUGUGAUUACCUCAAUAAAGCUCGGCCCCAUUGCUUAAGCCUUCGCA